AUGACUCUAAUUGAAAGCCAGGCGCACAACACGAAACUGGAGUACAUCCAGAAACUCACCUCUCAGUCAAGCCACUACAAGCAAAAACGAGCCGUCACGAUUCAGAACGCAAAGUUACAUGCAAAAUCCCUGGAGGUCAACGGAGCUCUGUUCAAAGAUCUUGAACUCGGGGAUAGGAUCAAGGUGAAGGAACUUCGUCAACUAGUACAUGAUGACCCUACCUACCAGAACCUUACCACAGAGGAGGAAGAACGGAUGAAGCAGGAUGUCUUGGAGCUUCGUGAGCAGAGGAAAACCGGCGCUCGUCCAACAAACAAGUCAGCAGCCCAAGACUACCUCGUCGCUUUCUUUAGCCGCUCCAACCUUGAAGACACGUUUGAGCCGAACUGGAUUUGCUCUCCCAAUGCCGCAAACUUCUCUCAAGAGGCAAUGAGCUACGGGAUGUGGGACAUUGCCCGGCUGUUGGAGCAGUGGGCAUGUGCAAAGGCGAAAGGUAGCCGCACCGUCGACACACUCUCGACGAUGCAGAAGGAAUGCAGCGCGAUCAUCAACGGCACUCUCAAAACGGUUUCGCAAUCACGACAGGCCCUCAUGAACUACGCCAACUACGAUACGAAGGUCGUUGAACGAUACCAGACCAAGCUCAUGGGCUGGACCUACCGUGAAUUCAAGAGCCCGUUCGACAUCCACACCAUCGACGAUGUUCGCACAUUACUGGAGGCACUUCAAUGCGAUGACGUUAGCAAGAGAAUCGCAGCGGGUGAAAAGGUGGGGAAGGCAAGGCAGCCGAGGUCGGACAAAGGUGUCAAGAGGCCGCGGAAGAAAGCACCAGGGACAGGGGAAGGCGAGGACGAUGGGGCCCCACCAGCGAAGAAGCAGAAGAGGGGGAAAGCCGUGCCCGAGACGCGCGCUACGACAACCAAGAAAGCGCCCAAGAAAUCCAAGAAAUCCCAGCUGCCCCCCACCCGUCCCACCAGCAACGAGUUUGUUGAGAGCGAUGCUGAUGUUGAUAGUGCCUAG